GAGACUGCAAAUCGCCUUUGACAGCGAUUCGGAGACAUAACUUCUUUGUAUAUUUGUUUUUGGCAUUGUGCAAUCUUAAAACGUCAAGGCGUAAUAAUUAACUCGUCGCCGUGAUUACUAAUGUGAAACAAAAUAAUAUUUGAAAUAUUGCGUUUCUUUUUUGGUGUGAGCGACUUGACACUAAACACAAACUGAGGUACAUUGUCUGGGAAAAGUUUACACCCUCCUAAAUAGCGCAGAUUUCAACAAAUCGUUAGGAAUGAGAUUGCCAUAACCCGUUCAAGAGUCGCACUGGCAUCCACUGGUGCCAGCAGUCUGACAAGUAAAGUUCAGGACAGUCCUGCAGGAUCCAGUAGAGGGGGGAGAGAGAGAGCGCAACAAAUCAACAUGACAAAACACUGGGGGGGCAGCAACCUUCUGCAUGGGCAACCUACCCUCGCCUACCUGCCCUCGCCCUGCUACAGCCCCAGAACCGUCUCUGAACUUCAACUUGAGUGGCCACCACCACCGCCCCAGCACCGCCAGAACUCCAGCUCAGCGCACGUUGACUACUUCAGAGCAGCCAUCGCGGCCAGGUACAGUUUUGGGUUGAAUUCUCCUCCACCGUUGGCCGCUUACGGUAGCCCCUGGCCGGCGGAUCUCCGGCCAGCGAAGGCAGCGGCAGCUGAAUCUAUCAUGGAGAAGAUCAUGCAGCUGGAACCCAACGCCAAUAUGACCGUCCAACUUCAGCAGAACAAGGGCGCACCUGAGAAAGAGGUGGUUAAGAACAGGUACGAGGCAACUAAGGAUAGCGAGGACAAGAAAUGGGUAGAGGACAAAAGCGCAAAAAACGGAAGAAAGAAAAACUACCAGCGCUACCCCAAACCUCCGUACUCCUACCUAGCCAUGAUAGCCAUGGUCAUCCAGAAUUCCCAGGAGAAGAAGCUGACCUUGUCUCAGAUCCUGAAGGAGAUCAGCACCCUCUUCCCGUUCUUCACAGGGAAUUACAAGGGCUGGCGGGACUCUGUGCGGCACAAUCUCUCCUCCUACGACUGCUUUGUCAAGGUCCUGAAGGAUCCAGGCAAGCCCCAGGGGAAGGGAAACUUCUGGGCGGUGGACGUGUCGCGCGUCCCCUUGGAUCUGCUAAAGCGGCAGAACACGGUGGUGUCGCGACAGGAGGAGACAGUUUUUGCACAGGACCUGGCACCCUACAUCCUGCACGGGCGGCCCAGCGGACAGGACCAGCUCCAGCUCGGGGACUCCACUCCCCCCAGUGAGCCGGCCCCUGCCACCCGCCUCGACUCCGAAGACCCAUACCGCCCCAAACUGGACUCAUCCUUUGCCAUCGACUCCCUGCUCCACAGCUUCACGCCUGGUGCUGGAGAGAAGCUGGAUGAACACUGCAAGCAGGGGGAACAGAGACUUCCGGGGCAGGGGGGCUGGGAGCCAAGACCCUUCUUCCACGACUCGGAGCCCUUCCCCCGGCAUCAGUCCAGCAUGGGCUACUCCUCCUCAGAGUCUCGCAGCCUCUGUUACUCCUCUCGGAGCACUUCAGGCAGCUCUGUCAGCCCUGCUUCCUCCUCCUCUUCCUUGGAAGAUUCUAGCUGGAGGAGCGGCCUGGUGGCACACAAGCGCCCCAGGCCGAUGCCCGUGGGAGGAGAGGGGUCCGAUUCAGAUAGCUACGAGGACUGCCCCACGCCUCUCAAGUCAGCUAAGAGGACCUCUGCCCCUUGGGAGCUGCCUACAUCCUACACUAAAUACGUGCCUCCCAAUGCAGUGGCUCCUCCCAGCAUGCGCUUCCCCAGCAACCCCUUUCUGCAGCUGGGGGGUCUGCCCUUCUAUAACUACCGGCCCUCUCCUGCUGCAGCCUAUGUGGGCCCUGCUUACUGGUCCUUCCUGCCCAGACCCGGUGUUCCUCUGCAGGCCUGCCACCACCGGCAGCCCCCUGCCCUCAUGGAUCUAGACAACCUUCUCCAGUCUGUGCCCCCCAACAAGAGCGUGUUCGACGCACUAGUGCCUGAGAUGCCCACCUCUCUGCCAGGGCAGUACACAGCCCAGAACUCUGGGGGUAUCGGGCGGUACCCCCCUUACUGAGCGAGUGCUGUGUGGGACGAUGGUUUUAAACGUGUACAUAUCGAUUUACAGGGUUUUGGAAAGCUUGUUCUUGCUGGACAGAAGAGGCUCCAUACUUGGACACGGUGGAAGCAGGGCAGUACUUUUGAAUACAAUCUUAUCCCUCCCCCACCUCUCCACAGGGGUUCCUCGUUCACAAUGAAUUACUGAAGAGUCCCCAAAGCAGGGGGGUGUUUUUAUACAGCGGAAGGGAAGCUUUUUAGCAGCUAUGCUGACUGUCCAGGGGAGAGUAAAUAUGUAUUCAGGGUGACUCCUCAGCUAUGAAUUAUUGAAGAGCCCCUCUUUCCCCAAUGAUUGUAAAGAGUCCCAGCCAGGAGCGGAGAUCACUCAUAAAGAGCUGGAACAGUUUGCCGGUGUCUGCAUUUUCUCAGAACCGGUUUACCCACUCGUCCCUGUUUUCAAAUGGGUGCCCAGUAUGUUUAGGGUUGUUGAUGUUGGAUUGAGAAUGCAUGAUGCUUCAAUUUUUAGAUGCAUUGUUGUGGUCUACAUGCAAAAGCCCAUUGUUUUGUGAUUCGCAGUGAGAACCUGCAGCCAGUUCCAUAAAACACAUUGUUUCUCCUUUUAGUAGUUUUACUCGUGUUUCUUGAGUCCUAAGGGUGUUGCAGAAAGCAGCUUGGCACAAAUAAGUCCUUAACUUUUUAGAUCAUUGUGUGGUAACAGUUAAACGUAAUACUUCAGGUGUCUAAUGCAUCCAACAUGUGUUGAGUCAAGGUGCUGAAGAGGAAGUUUAGUUGUCUGUUUGCCCUCACCGCGUCCCGGAGCAAGGGUCGGGUUAUUUCCAUUGAUGUUUCAGCUGCGUAGUCUUCAGGAACGGCACAGAAGUGAGCAUGGCCAGCUAACCAUUCUCAGUCUUGCCUUUUUGAGGGUGUGGUUUUUUUUUUUUUUUUUAAAAACGAAUCUGCUGAAAUGUCAAUUUGCUAACCUAUUUAUAUUGCUUUAUAAUCCAGAUGAAGCUUUGAAUAGAUCUGACCUUGCUUGUUCUAUUGCCUGUAAGCGGACAGUAGCCUACUUCUUCUACCUGCAUUCUUUUAAAGCACGUAAAAGAAGACCUGCCCAUUACCCAAGUUAGGCUUUGCUGCCCAGCGGCUGCCAGGGAGUUAAGUUUUGAUUUUGUUCAUUUGUCCUGCAUUAAAUUAAUAGUCCUUCGGAAAUGUCCUUGCCUGGCUCCUAUAGCCAACUGCAGAUGCUGUUUAGUUCCUCUACUGUCGUUCUUUACUACGCAUUGGUUACAAUCUACUGCGUGCAAUGGUUCUUGAACCAAUUCAAACCAUGGACUGUAAUGUACUGCAACGUGUCGCUUUCUCCUUCCACCAGGCAUCUUUUUUUAAAAAAAAUUUAAAAUAAAUAAAAAGCAUCAUUGUAUGAAACAAAUGAAAAAUAUACGUAGCAACAGGAAUGACCAGCUACAUUUUUAAAUACACGUAGGUAUUCCAGUCAUGCUAACCCAAUAUUCAGAAUAUAGUUGUCUUUUUCCCAAAUGGUGUGUGGGGGUUUGUAGAUUGAAUACAAAGGGAAUUAUCUUUUUAAAGUUGGGUAGAAUAUGUUCAGACAGACCCCAUUCUGAAUGCGACAGCCUGCAUGUCUACUGGGUUUGCGCACUCCUGUCCUGUAAAUGCCAUAUCUGAAAUGUAUCUGGGAGCACUAUUGUGAUUACUUCUGCAUCUGGGGUUUACCUUGCUUGUAAAUGUAUCCAGUGCUUCACUACAAUACCACAGGGCAGUACUAAUGCUUGUGUGUGGUACAGUCCAAUGAUUAGCUCUGUAACAAGCUGUCUGUUUGCAAAGGCUCCUUUAGCAGGCCUUUCCACUGUUUCUAAGGUUUAAGUAAUCAGAAUCUUAAGGUGGCAAUUUUUAAUAAUAAAUUUUGAUUUUUCUUUUAAUACAUUUUUUUUUUUUUUU